AUGGUGGCGGAUUUGGUAUAUUCUGGAAACCUCCCAUCUGAAAAAAGGAGUCAGGGUUUUCACAAAGUGCACCCGAGGAGUGGAUACCCAAGGAGCUGGUGCCAGGAAGGAGCUCAGAUCGUUGCAGAGGCCAAAGGCAGCCGCGGGGUAGCUGCCACCGGGGGAUCCGACACUGAGGAGUGGGCUGAAAGGCGGGGGCAGGCUGGCAGUGCCCGAGGGUUACGAGAAAGCAGCUCUGGGGCGAUUCCAGGCAGGCAGAAAGGGAAGGUCCAGGAAGGAUCGAGGCCAGUGAGUAGGCAGCACCCAGGCUGUGAGGAGCGUUGCACCUACCAGCAUCCCUGCACGGUGACUCCUGCUGCGCAUGAACAGGACAGCCCCUGCCCACGGCGGCGAGGGAAAGUGUUGCACCCUCACUGGUCAUGGAGUUUGAACAAGCUCAUCUGUAAGCCAGCUUUACAGACUAUUUCCAGAGCAGCAAGCAGUACUGGGAAGUAUGUAAUGGUGAUGGGUGUGGUGCGGUCCUGCAGUCCUGAGCCUGUUCUUCGAGCGGUAAAGAUGACAGAUCUUUCUGAAAACCCCGUGCAUAAGAAUAUGUGGAGCCUUGAAGUGGAGGAUUUGCACAGAGUCAUCCCCUAGAUACUUUUUCUUCUGCCUAAAAUAACUGGAAAUGUA